GGCUCAGUCAUCAUCAUCUUUCCUCCUUCUUCUUCUUCCUCCCUUCCUCAAUAAAACUUCCCUCAACCUUCUGACCUCAUCCCUUACCCCACCAACCGCCUCUCUCUCUCUCCCUCUCUCUCUCUAACAUUGCAGCUACUGCAACGAGUAUAUAUACAUUUACAUCACAGUAAGUUUUAUCUCCUUUUCAAUCACACUCGAUCCCCGUCCCUUCUGAUUCUCUCAGAGUAUCCGACCCGAUGAGCCCUGCGAAAUUUGCCGGUCAUGGUGAUCUCACCGCCACCACCAGGAGGGAGAUCAACGGCCCCCGUCCGCCGCUGCUCAAGAUCCACAAGGACUCUCACCUCAUCAAGAAGGCCUCCCAUCACUGUCCCUCCUCCUCUUCCAAUAACUCGUCCUCCUCUUGUUCGUCUUCCUUGUCGAACCCUAAUCGUUUACCCGCGGAUUCGUCGCAGCAGCAGCAACCCCGCCGUCCGCAACCCCAAGGAACCCACCCCGUCAUCAUCUAUACUCAUUCGCCGAAGAUCAUCCACACCAAGGCCCGCGAUUUCAUGGCCCUCGUCCAAAAGCUCACCGGGUUCUUGCCGUCCCAUCACCAUGAUGAAAGCGGACAAGCUCCAGCUCCAGAUCCACCUCAGCCACAAAAAGCACCAACUGAUGAUAGGAUCACUCUCAAUGAACGGGACGCGUCAUCCUCGGUCUUGAGUGAGGAUAGACGAAGCAGUGCUGUUCCGGCGAUCCAUGAAGCUAAUUGGAUCUCUCCGAUUCUAAGCCACCAAAACGCAUUGAUUUCGGAAAUCCCGCUGUUUACGCCGAACGCCACGGAUUUUUUCCUGUCGCCGGGGCAUAGAAUGUACAGAUACCCUUAUUCUGCUCACAUGUCUCCAACCGCGGCGAAUCGGAUGAUAUCGCCUUCUAUAUCCGAGUUCAUGCAAGAAAUGCCAGAAUGCUGAGAUGAACGAAGCACAUGAAGUGAUUGGUGAUGGAAGACUUGGAGAAUAUUUUCUUAUUUUUCCUUAGAAGUGUUUGAUUUGUUUCUUGUCCAUAGCUUGAGAGAGAGAUCUGUUGUAUAUGAGCUUUUGGUUUCCCACCUCUCUUUCCCUCAGAAAGAGCGAGCUAUAGGGUUUCGUUUCACACGUGCAUGCACUUCUUGGGAUUCAAUUCAUUCAUUUUGGCUAAUAAUUGAAAGGGGAGGGGUCGAUCUUGAUUCUCUCUUCUGACUGUGCUGACACUGGUUUUGCAUUCGAAACUGGUAGUGGAAACGAUCUUGAAUACUUUCUCUGUCUCCCAGUUAUUGUCUUUGGUGAAUUUGCCAAAACGAUGUUACAUAGAUUCACAAUCUAGCCUGCCACAUUGCAAUUUGAUGUAUGAAAGAGAGCACAAGAAAAGUAGGCGCAUGUUUUACGUUCCUUUUUU